AUGGAAUUCAGUCUUAAAAAGUGUGAGGCCGAAAUUCCCCACGCCAAAGGAGCCAAAAAAUGCGUUACAUCCUUAGACUCUAUGAUCGACUUCAAAAGUAGCACUACCAAUAACGGUGGUCAGUUAUUUGAUGAUCUUAAGGUGUUGAGUACAAGUCCACUUCUGAAAUCAGCCAAAGUAUUUCAACCUUACACAAUCAUUGAGCAGCUAAAAAGAGUCCCGAGCCCUAAAAUGACCGCGUGUCACAUGCUGACUUAUCCUUACGCGGUCUACUAUUGCCAUAACCCUGACCCUGAAAACCGAGUGUACGAAAUUAGUUUGUUGGGUGAGGAUGGUACUCGUGUUAACGCGGUUGCCAGUUGCCACAUGAACUCGAAUGCAUUUGACGCUAAUCUCGCGUGUUCCGUAUGUUCAACAUUGCACCCGGCUCUCCAGUUUGCCAUUUCCUCUCUUCUGAUGGCCUGCUUUGGGUGCCUGCUAACCCAUCCUUGA